AUGUCCUUAGUCAAGAUUCAUCUAAUAUGUAAUUCGGAGGCAAGAAAGAUACGUGGACCUACUUUACUUAAUGAUAUUUGGAAACUUCCUCCAGGGAAAACAAUUGAUGUGCCAUUUAAUAGUUGCAACCAAUCUAUUGGACAAGAGGGUCGAAAGCUUGCUAGCUUUCUAGGAAUUAUUGCAAGAACUCCAGAACUAAAACCUCUACACGUAGAUGAUUGGAGAAACUUUGACAAUGAAGAAAAGAAGAAAUUGUUGGAUUUUGUGAGGAAGAAGUUCACUAUCCCAAAAUGCGGAGAAGACUUUGUCUUAAAGUCGCUAGGAAAGAAAUGGAAAGAUUACAAAUGCCAAUUAAAAGGUGACCAUAUUCCAAAGUAUAAGACUAAAAUCGUUUUGCUGAAAAAUCGACCAAGUCGUAUACCAAGAGAUCAAUGGAGUGGUCUUGUCGCUUAUUGGCUUUCUGACAAAGCUAAGCGACGUAUCCAAGCAAAUAGAAACAAUAGGGCCAAACAAAACAUGCCUCACACGGGAGGAUCCAAAAGUAUUGCUACAUUGAUGGAUGAGAAGGUUGAAAAUGGUGUAGAGCCUACACGAGCAGAAGUUUUCGUAUUAACUCAUAAAAAACGUGCGGACGGUAGACCAUUGGAUGAUGAUUCUGCCAAAGAUAUGAUAAACGAAAAGAUGAGCAAUAGUGAGGGACCUACUGACCAACCUCCUCACCGUGUUGCUUGGAAAGGUGAUGUCUAUUCCCAUGUGUUGGGAAAUGAAAGAAGUGGCUAUGUUCGUGAUUUAGGACUUGGUCCCACUCCUUCUGUUCUAUGGGGUAACAGAUCUUCCUUUGGAAAUAUUGAUCAAGAGGAUUCAUCUAAUGAAGUUGUACAAUGGCUAGAACAUGAGAUUACUAAAUUAAAGGCUAAACAAAAUGAAGAAAUGAAUCUGAUGAAGCAAAAUCAGGAUAAUAUGCAAUUAGAAUUACUUCAAAUGAGUCAAUUGAUGCGUAAAUAUGCUCCUAAUGAAUGCAUGCCUCAAAAUAUCAAUGGCACCUCAAGUGGACAGCCUUUGCCGAUCCCUGAUACAAUGGCCAUAGAGCAUUGGCUGGUAAUGGCUAUAGCGGCCAUAGUUAUGGCCGUGAAAACCAUAUUUAAUGGCCGUUAA